UUAGUUUUGUAUUGACUUGACAGUUUUUCGAAUCUAUUUAAUUUAUUUACACAUUUAGUUGCAAUACUAAACUAUUUAAAAUUUGUUGCAAUACUAAACUAUUUAAAAUUUUAUAGCUAAUUUAUAAAUUUACAAUGUCAGAUGUAGCCCAAGUAAGUUCCCUUCCUUUGCCUCCUGUGCAAUACAUCAAUUUAUACACAGAUGAAAAUAUUCGACGAAAUAGGGCUCCAAAGCCACCUCUACCAUGUCAUGAUACGUAUUCUAUGUUUGGAAAUAACUUUAAUGCAGAUGAUUCUAUAAUACGACCAUUGGACAUACAGGGCAUUAAACGUUUAUAUCCUCAACAUUGUGAUAGACGUCGAGAGUUAAAAAAACUGAAUCAUUCUUUAUUAGUAAAUUUUCUUGAUUUAUUAGAUUUACUUGUUCUGUGUCCUGAAUCUCCAAAACGUGCGGAAAAGGUUGAAGAUCUUACAACUUUAUUUGUGCAUAUACAUCAUUUAAUAAAUGAAUUUCGACCACAUCAGGCACGAGAAACAUUAAGGGUUAUGAUGGAAUUGCAAAAACGACAGAGACUUGAAACUGCUUUAAGAUUUCAGAAGCAUUUGGAAAAGGUUCAUGAUACAUUGCAAACAGCACUACAAAGGCUUCCGGAAUCUGAAGCAGAUGUGAGUUUAUUCAAUAAUUCAGAAAUUGACGAAGUUGAAGGAAGUAAUCUUGAUAGUAGUAAUAAUGAUCCCUGUGAUGAUUUGGACAGGAUAAUGUGUUUAAUUAUAGAUAACAUGUAGAAUUAUAUUUAUUUA